GCAGGAGAGGAGCGAGUGUGUGUGCGUGUGAUUUUGUGUGUGAGGUCACCGGCGGCAAUGAUGGAACAGAAGCGCAACAUUCAGAUCAUUGAAUGGGAAGAUCUGGACAAGAGGAAGUUCUACUCGCUGGGCGUCUUCAUGACCAUGACCACACGGGCCACCGUCUACCCGUUCACCCUGAUCCGCACCAGACUGCAGGUCCAGAAGGGGAAGUCGCUCUAUAACGGCACCUUCGAUGCCUUCUGGAAGAUUCUGAAGGCCGAGGGGGUGCGUGGCCUUUAUCGAGGGUUCAUGGUCAACACGUUGACGCUUAUCUCAGGUCAGGCCUACAUCACUACCUACGAGCUGGUACGGAAAUACGUGUCCUGUUACUCAUCCAAUAACACUGUCAAGUCUCUGGUGGCGGGAGGCGCGGCCUCACUGGUGGCCCAAAGCAUCACGGUGCCCAUCGAUGUGGUGUCCCAGCAGCUGAUGGUGCAGGGUCAGGGCUGUCAGCUCACACGCUUCAAACUCAAGCCCAAGAGAGUGAUGGCCACGUCCAAACACAAAGUGACAUUUGGUCAGACCAGAGACAUUGUGGUUCAGAUUUUUCACAUGGAUGGAUCUCGUGGCUUUUAUCGUGGAUAUGUGGCGUCGCUCCUCACCUACAUACCCAACAGCGCCGUCUGGUGGCCAUUUUAUCACUUUUAUGCAGAGCAGCUCUCCAGACUGGCUCCUGCUGACUGUCCGCACCUCCUCCUGCAGGCCAUGGCGGGACCGAUGGCUGCAGCUACAGCCUCCACCCUCACCAACCCCAUGGACGUGGUCCGAGCCCGAGUACAGGUUGAAGGUCGCUCGUCUGUGAUGGAGACAUUUAAGCAGCUCCUGGCUGAAGAGGGCGUGUGGGGUCUCACCAAGGGUCUGUCUGCACGCAUCAUUUCCUCCACGCCCACGUCAGUCAUGAUCGUCAUCGGUUACGAGACACUAAAGAGACUCAGUCUGCGGCCUGAACUGGUGGAGAGCAGACACUGGUGAAAACACACAUACCUCGGUCUUUUAAACAGAUGCCUUUUAUUAUUUUCAUGUUUUAUGAGGACCAGGCAAUAAUUGGCGCUCAAAUGUGAAGUUAUAUUUCCUUUCUGACUUUUUUGUGGAUUUUGUAACCUGUUGUCAUGAAGUCGUCCAGCCCGAACUAGUAUUUUGUAACAAGACGUCAUAGAUCUCGUUUGUCCUUUUCGCCCGGAAUGUGUUUGUUUAUCGGAGGUUUUGAAGUGAAAAUCAUUUUGAAAUGGUGAAUUUGAUACUUUCUUGUGAAUCUCAUGCAGUGCUCUUCACGUCAUCUGACAGGAAGUGAGAUCAUCACAUCUGUUACAUGGUAGGAAGAAUGAGAACAUGUAUGGGCUUUUCACACUUGAAACCCUGGGUCAUGUUAAACCCUAACAAAUUAUUCGGAGUAGUCAGUUUUGUCUUAUUUGCAUAUUUACAAGGUUAUUAAUAUUGUUUGGACGAGUGUCUUCUGAAACACACUAAAUAGUCUAAUUUAUUACUCCAGUUUACAUAUUUAGUCGUGGUUUGAUAUUUUUUAAGUAUUGACCUCAGACACUUGAAUAAUGUGUAAAAGUAAAUAUGAUGAACAGUAAAUAUUUCACUGUGCUCAUGAAUAUUUAAUGAGGUGAAAAUUGACUAAACAUGUAACUAACAUUUCCAUUGUGCUCAUGAAUAUUUAAUGAGGUGAAAAUUGACUAAACAUGUAACUAACAUUUCCAUUGUGCUCAUGAAUAUUUAAUGAGGUGAAAAUUGACUAAACAUGUAACUAACAUUUCCAUGGUCAUGAAAAAUCUGGAAAUAUCAGUACAUAUUAAAAUUAACAAGGCAAUUCAUUUUGAAAUUCAUACCUGGAAAACGUAAAAAUUUUUUUAUAGUAAAUAAAAAUUUACUAAUUCUAUAUUAAGCUCAGGUCUUAAACAUUUCAUUGGCCUGAAACUGCUCUUCAAGUGUAGUUACUAUGAAAUUAUUGUACAAAAAUGACUGUGAAAUCGUGUCAAUUAAUUUUAAAAGUGGCCUUUACCCAGGGUUAAACAUGGUGUGAAAAGCCUUGUGAGAAAAGUUAGAAAGCAUCAUGUUCUGCAGAAUGAUAUUUCAGUCUGAUUGAAUCUUCUUUGGUUUGUCAUAUUGUGUUUUUAUCAUGCCUUGUCUUUAACCUUCAGAAAAACAGUGUUUUGGGGCCAAAGCUUUUACAGUUGAAAUGUUUUAGAAAUGCGCUUCAUAUUUUAAAUAUAACUGCCAUAGUAAUUUUUUUCUAUAAGAUUGUUUCUAACUGGAUCUUAUAGUGUCACAAUCAAGAGUGAAUUAAAUGAACCAAACAAGAAUGAAACCAUUUGGAAUUUUUUUUUUUAGCUUCUAGAUUUUCUCACAUGCUCUACAAAGGGUUCAGCAUUCAAACAAGUUCUGCUUUGGAUCUUUAUGUAUUAUAAUUCAUUUUUACAUGUCUGCUAUAACAGUCCAAAGCAAGGACUCUGAAUUGGUGCAGUAACAUUUGGUGUCCUGUAGAGGGCGGAUAGUGAUCAGCAAAGCCACGUGUGCACUCAAGUCAUGUGAAAAAAAAAACUGGAAACAUCAAGGAGUUAAACUAUAACGAAUAUAAAUCUCAU